UUCAGCGCCAGCCCACUGAGAAGUGAGUGAGAGGUGAGCUGCGAAGUGCGAGGCCCGCGAGCGGGAGCGGAUCUAGUUUUUUAAUAUAGAUGGCAGCACAAGUGUAAAUAGAGAUAUAGUGACUAUUCCGACAUAUAUAUGACAUCAUAUGAUCGGCUGAAUUCACUCCAGAAAUUUCAACCAUUGUCAGUUUUUGGCUUCUCACGUUGCGUUCAAUUGCGUCAAAAGAGAUUCUACUUCUUUUCAAAUUAUUUAACCAAUAGUUUGACAACAAACAAUAUGGCAAAUUUUGUGAAAGAAGGUAAUAAAGUCGUUGUGCUAUUAGCUCCAAAUGAAAAUGAUAUUGCUGCAAAAAACUUUGUUGACGAAAUUAACAAAGUUACUGGAAGUGCUGGAGAAACAUUGCUGGUAAACUCCACAAAUUUGCAAAAUCAGAAGUAUGAUUCCUCAUCAGUCGAUGUUGUUUUAUCUGGAUUUACGACACCUUUCAAUCACAGCGAUGAUUUAUUAAAAGAAUUAUUACGUGUCCUAAAACCAAAAGGUGUCUUUGUUGCACACGAGCCACUUGAUGAAACUAACGAAACAGACUUCAGCAGCCAAAAAGCUAAGGUUAAGCUAACUGGAUUUUUACUGCAAGAUAAAGAACCUAAAGCAACUACAUCUGUCAAUGGAAAAAAUGUGUGUGAAAUAGUAGCAGAAAAACCAUACUAUGAAAUUGGUUCAAGCAUAAAGCUUUCUUUCUCACAACCAAAACCAAAAGUAUGGAAGUUGGAAGAUGAUGGUGAAGAGGAAGAUUUAAUAAAUGAAGAUGAUCUCUUGGAUGAAAGUGAUAUUGUGAAGCCUCAAGCAACAUCUUUGAAAGUUUGCAGUACAACAGGCAAACGGAAGGCUUGUAAAGACUGUUCUUGUGGAUUAGCUGAAGAAUUGAGAGGUGAAGCUUUGGCAAAAGAACAACCAAAGUCAUCAUGUGGCAGUUGCUAUCUUGGAGAUGCUUUCCGAUGCGCAAGCUGCCCUUACCUAGGAAUGCCAGCUUUUAAACCAGGAGAAAAAAUAGUACUUCCUGAUACUCAGCUGACGGCUGAUUCAUAAAUAACACGAUUUUUGUAAAUAGGUUAUCAAUUUUUUAGUUUUAUUAUGAACGCACGUAAGAGUAAAUUAAGAAAUUGUUAAUGUGAUAAUACAGGAGUGAAAUCGGAAGAGAGAAGCAGGAUUCCUCAAUCUUGACAAUGUGCUAUUUUAAAUAAAAACAUUUGCAUUUAGAAGAUAAA